AUGUCCGCGAUGGAGACGGCGAGCCUGCUGCGGUUCCUGCGGAAGCUUAAGGAGGUUUUCGAUGUGUGCGACGAGGAUGCGGACGGCUUCAUCCGGGUGGAGCACUUCGUGGCCCUGGGGCUGCAGUUCGGCCAGGGGGAUGAGGUGGAAAAACUGGCCAAGUACUUGGACCCAAAUGAUUUGGGAAGAAUCAAUUUUAAGGACUUCUGUCAUGGAGUUUUUGCUAUCAAAGGCUGUGAAGAGCUACUAAAAGAUGUCCUGUCUCCUGAAAACUCUGAGCCUCAGCACUAUGAGCCACAGUAUGUUGAUUACUAUUACCAGGGUGGUGAAAUCCAGGACUGUGCCUACCUGGACAGCGAGAGCGCCUACAGCGAGUCGGAGCUGUUUGCUGAUGAGGACACAAUGACUCUGGCACAGCAGGAGGUUCACCAUGAGCCUGACAUGGACAGUGCCAUCGAGAGUGCCCAGAGCUCUGAGGCCUGUGAUGUGUGUCGCAGCGAGGAGAAGGAUGGUGUGCUUGGUGGCCUCUUCCUGCCUGGUGACAAGUCAAGUCCUCGCAACCCUUCUGCAGCAUCUGACCUCUCCACUUAUUCCACCGCCUCUCUGAUCAGUAAUGAAGAACAAUUUGAAGACUAUGGGGAAGGAGAUGAUGUGGAUUUUACUCCCAGUAGCCCAUGCCCUGAUGAUGAGACCAGAACCAACGCCUACUCUGACCUUGGCUCAUCUGUAUCUUCCAGUGCUGGCCAAACCCCCCGCAAAAUGAGGCAUGUUUAUAACAGCGAGUUACUGGAUGUUUACUGCUCACAGUGCUGCAAAAAGAUAAAUCUCCUCAACGAUUUGGAAGCCAGGCUGAAAAACUUGAAAGCAAACAGCCCUAACAGGAAAAUAUCAAGCACGGCUUUUGGAAGACAACUCUUCCACAACAGUAACUUCAGCAGCAGUAAUGGCAGCACAGAAGACCUGUUCAGAGACAGUAUAGACUCCUGUGAUAAUGAUAUCACUGAAAAGGUAACAUACUUAGAAAAAAAGGUGACAGAACUGGAGAAUGACAGCAUGACAAAUGGUGACCUGAAGAGCAAACUGAAACAAGAGAACACCCAGCUGGUUCACAGAGUUCAUGAGCUAGAAGAACUACUGAAAGAUCAAGAAACAUCAGCAGAACAGACCCUGGAAGAAGAGAUAAAGAGACAUAGGGAAGCAUACAGCAAGUAUGAAAAAGAGAAGGGCACUGAAAUCGAACUGCUGAAUACAAGGGUUCAGCAACUGGAAGAAGAAAAUGGGGAGCUGAAAUGCACUGUCACGCGACUGAAGUCACAGACAGAGAGAUUAGAUGAGGAGAGGCAACGCAUGUCGGACAGGUUGGAAGACACCAGCCUGAGGCUGAAGGACGAGAUGGAUCUGUACAAGAGAAUGAUGGACAAGCUGAGGCAGAACAGACUGGAAUUCAACAAGGAGAGGGAAGCCACACAGGAGCUCAUCGAAGACUUGCGGAAGGAGCUGGAGCACCUGCAGCUCUACAAGCUGGAGUGUGAGCGUCCGGGGCGGGGGAGGAGCUCUUCAUCCAGCCUGAGUGAGUUCAAUGCCAAGACCAGAGAGGUGGAGAUGGAGCAUGAAAUAAAACGGCUGAAGCAGGAGAAUCAGAAACUUCGUGACCAAAAUGAUGAUCUUAAUGGACAGAUUUUAAGUCUUAGUCUUUAUGAAGCUAAAAAUCUCUUUGCAACACAAACAAAAGCCCAGUCACUGGCUGCUGAAAUUGAUUCUGCAUCAAGAGAUGAGCUCAUGGAAGCCCUUAAAGAACAGGAAGAGAUCAAUUACAGAUUGCGACAGUACAUGGACAAGAUCAUUUUGGCAAUCCUAGACCAUAACCCUUCUAUCUUGGAAAUAAAGAAUUGA